GCUGUGCUUUUUGGCGUCUUAGAGCAUCAUAAGCGGUCUAGAUGCAGCUUAGCGUGCAUUAGACCGCACCUUCAGCCUUGUGUUAUCUUGGUUUCAAUUGGUCCAAUGUUUCAGACAUGAACCCCGCAGUGGAUCCUAUAUUCACAAGGCUGCGCUGCCCUUCCAAAAUUUUUUGAGAUUCUCUAAGCCUGCCUAUGCACACCACUGCCAUCGACUUGCGCCAGGACGAUAAUUUCGUCUAGCACAACUUCAAAUUUCCCGGAAACCGAAAGACGUGCAAAUAAUUCAUUCUAUUUACACUUACAGAAGCGCUUUGAAUUUUUUCUAGAUUUUUCUCGCCGCAAUGGACGCCUCAUCUGCUCAGGUGAAGGUCGUCUUCACCACCAAUGAGGAAGAUCUCGUCCUCCCAGAGUCCAGGCGACAAUUGCUCGUGCCAGCAGACAUCAAGCGCUAUGGCCUCUCCCGUAUUCUGAAUUCCGAGUCGAUGCUGGAUACUUCAUCACCAGUCCCUCUUGAUUUCCUCGCGAACGGCACGUUUCUGAAGACGAGCAUCGAAGAAUACCUCAAAUCAAAUGGUCUUUCUCAAGAGACAACAUUGACCCUCCAAUAUGUUCGCAGUCUCCUUCCACCCGUUUACGAGGCUAGCUUUGAGCAUGACGACUGGGUUAGUGGAGUUGAUGUCUUGUCGUCAACUUCUGCUGCUGGACUGCUUGCCGGAGAUGUUGCUGUGAAUGAGCGAGUUGCUAGCGCUUCUUAUGAUGGUCUAGUGAGAAUCUGGAACCCCUCUGGAAAGGCGAUUGCCGUCUCCGCUGGUGGCAAAGGCGAAGGACACACUCAGCGCAUCAACGCUGUGCGAUGGUUGUCACCAACUCAGCUGGCGUCCGCUGGCUUGGAUAGAAAGGUCAUGGUUUGGGACUACAAAGAGGCGAACGAUGGCUUCUCUGGCUCCCUCAAGCCCAACAUGGAACUCUGGGGACAUGAGAAGAACAUCAACAGUAUCGACGUCAACGGUUCCACCCGACGUAUUCUGACAGCGUCUUCAGACGGUCGCGUUGGCCUGUGGUCCGCAUCCAAGAGGACAGCACCUCAGGCUGAUCCCGAGACCCUCCCCUCCGCUCACAACACCAAGCGAGCUAAGCUGUCCAACGCUGGCUCUACUGCUCAGCGUGGGCCUUUGGCAAUGAUUCCCUUGCACGACGAAUCGGUUACCGCUGCGAUUUUCCACCCCAAGGAUUCGACCGUCGCUUACUCGGCUUCUUUGGACCACACUGUCAAGACGAUCGAUCUCACAACACAACAAGAGGUCUCCCGCCUCACUACCAUGCACCCUAUCCUCUGUGCAACAGCACUCCCUGGCGCAAAUCUGGUAGCGGCUGGUUCUUCGGCACGACACAUUACCCUUCUCGACCCCAGAGAGUCAGCUGCCGCAACCGCCGCCAUGACUCUUAGAGGCCACGUCAAUAUGGUUGUUUCUGUGGCUGCCUGCCCGGAGAAUGACUACUCACUGGUCUCUGGCUCACACGACAGCACAUGUCGCGUGUGGGAUCUGCGUAGCACCCGCACCGCAUCGUCCGACGAGGGCAACGGCAACGUCAGCGAACCCGUCUAUACUAUUGGCAGAGAGUGGUUGAAGGGCAAGAAGCUGCCUCCUGCUGGCGAUGGCGCCAAGGUGUUGAGCGUGGUGUGGGACAAGACAUGGGGAAUCGUGAGCGGAGGAGAAGACAAAAAGGUGCAGAUCAACCGGGGCACAGGAUUGCUGGCGUUAUAGACUUUGUUUGUUUAAUUUCAUUUCAGGCUUGAAUAUACCAGGACUACAGUAAUAUUCUAAAAAAAAAAAAUAAAAAAAAGUGAUACAUGUCUAUCGGUGUUCUUCACUCGUUUGUCUCGUUUGCUUUCUCUAUAUCCCGCUUCAUCUCGUCUGCUAAUUUUGUACACUCUUGAACCAAUGAUGCAUGCUUGUGCCAAUACGGUUUGCUUAGGUCGAUAUGAGGAAUCACCUC